UACCUGUGAAUAACUGAAAUCGUCAAUCCCUUCUUUCAACGGAACAUUUACAGAAUAAUAUCGUCCGAGAUCGGCUCCGAUUUCGUACAUGUCGCCAGUACCGGGGAAAAACCAAUUUCCGUACUUGUGAAACGACACGGUCAUUACGCGGUCCGUCAAGUAGAAAGCUUCUUGAACACCGUCGCCGUGAUGUACGUCGAUGUCGAUGUACAAAACCCUCGGGUGAUAUUUCAACAGUUCCAGAAUAGCGAUUACGAUAUCGUUCACAUAACAGAAUCCGGAGGCUUCGAACUUUUUGGCGUGAUGGAGACCGCCCGACCAGUUGAUGGCGAUAUCGCAACAGUUUUUGUUCAAUUUCAUUGCGCCGUCCAACGAGGCGCCCGUGUACAUAGAACAAAAGUCGUACAGGCCCUCGAACACGGGACAAUCCUCGCCCACGUUGAAAUGGUUCAAGUACUUGCUGUACGUGGUGAGAUUUUGCGGCGUUACCCUCUGGAGGAACUCUAUGUACUCGUCGUGAUGAAAACGGCACAUGUCGUGAGCACUGGCGCGGUACGGCCGAUAGAUUUGCAUUUUGUUAUAAAGACCGUAGUUCAACACCAAACUGUGUAUGACCGACAGACGGUGGGGCUUCAUCGGAUGCGCCGGUCCGUAGUGAAAAUUGCCCACUUCCGGAUUGUAAAAAUAAAACACACGCUUGUUGGACAUGCUGGACGGCGGUAUCAGAAAAUGUCGGAGAGAUUCCGGAUGUGCGUUUACAACGCGCUGGCCGACGUUAUAACGAAGUCGUAGCGGUAUUACGUGACGGGCACCCGAUAUAAUACGAUUAGAAAAAAAAAAAUAUAUAUUAAAACCGAAACGAGUGAAACGACCGAAACGUAAUAUUCGUUAUUAUCAAUCGCGGUAAACAGCGGUAAAAAAUAACAAUAACAGUGUUAUUGCCCCGGGAUUCCAGGGUGGGAAGUUAGUGACGGCUAUCAACGCUGAUAACGACAGCGUUCAUUCGUAAAACGUUUCUCGUUUUUCGCUACAGAAUAUUUCAUAGUAAUCCGCGGUAUUAAUAUUGUAAUAUACGCCGGGAUUUCUAAUCCGACACGGUCAUAAAACGUUUCUACAGAAAUAAUAUCGUGCAAUAUUUUUGGUACGGUCACAAUCACCGUUCCCCGAUAACAUUGCUCGUGACCAAGGUAUACAGACAACGGUUCGUGAUAACUGAUAAUGAGAUAUCACCGUUUAUUAUUUUUCCGGUUUUCCGUUCGGCGACCAGUGUAUUAUUCCGUCGUUAUUGAAAUUCGUGUACGCAAGACCUUGCUGACAAGUUGAGUAUUAACAUCAUUGCGUUACGUUUUUAAUAAAUACGUAUUUUAUUGCCGACUUGUUUCAAAAGUGCAACAAUCGAAUUUUCGGUUCUUAUAGCUUCGGUUUUAAAGAGUUGAACUGUUUAACCAACUUGUACUCGUUCGCGUGCGUUCCGUCUUCGUCUCCGUAAUAGUACCGCCGACAAUGUUGUGUAAUCUCAGAAACACGGUUUGAAAAAAACCGGUCACUCCGUCCAUAUAUAUUUGUGCAUACACGGCUGUUUUUAACCGCUCCAACGACGGAUUUUCAAGGUUCCCUCGUUAAACGCAAUUAUAUUUUCUCCGUUCUCCGGCCCCUUCCAUAUUUCUCAUUAUAGAAACGUGUUGGCCGUCGUACCGCGGAGUUUGUACACACAACGUACGUGGGUGGGUAGACGCCGUAUGCCAGUUGUACAAUACUGUCGUUGUGUCUGGUGGAAAACGUCGAAGUAAAACAGCCCGAGGUAAACCUAUCUGAUAAACCUACGAUUUAAUGACGGUACUGUUGAAUUAUUAAUUUUUUCGAAGAGUCCGCGGACCGUUUUUAUUUCCGUGCGUCAGACUGUAGUGGUAUUUUCCGGUGGAACGUUUUGAAAACAAUAUUUCAUAAUAAUACCGCGUUAAAAAUAAUAUGUAAGUAAUUUUCGUGUAAAGUUCAGUAUUUAUCGGUAUCAUUCGGUUCAUGAUUAGUGUGUGUAUCCUUGAAAUAUUAUCACUUACGGGCGUUGUUUUUUUUUUUUUUAUUGUUAUAUUUUAUAGAUGCGCUGUAACUUGUUUAUAUUUUGUACGUUACUCGACCGAGCAUUUCUUUUUGAACAUUUACAAUUAUAGUUGUAAUUGGUAAAAUAUUACGAAUUCAAUAGAAAAGAAACAUAAGCAGGUAAGGGACGCGGGCUGGCAAAAAGGGCACACCUAAUUGGGAUGCUACACAAUUUUUAAAUUCGAUUUUAAUUUAUAUAAAAAAAAUACUACAAGAAACUUAAAUUUUUUUUUUUCAACUACCGAGCAUGACUCAUGAACUCUAUCAAAUGUUCAAGCUUUUCUGUUAAGUAUAACAAUUUGUCUACAGAGUGCCUACCAAAUAAUAAUUGCGUAAAAAAAUUCGCAAAAUUAAAAUAUCUGUAAAUAGCUCAAAAAUUGCCACUAUCCGAAUUCUAUGAGUUAUUGGAAAAAUAUUGUCGUUACUAUGAAAAAGCUGAUUGGGUUUAUUUGUGGGUGCUAAUUUUAAACCAUGCCACCCUUCCCCCAUUGGCCGUAUCAACGUAUUUAUGUAGUUUAUUUUACGCGUCUGGAAAAUUUGCUACGGUUAAGUGCUCUUAAUUCAUAUCAAUUUACUUAAUAUUAACAUUUUUUUUUUUUGAAUAGGUUUUUAUCAAAACGGUCGAUGGUUUAUGAUAACAGGAAUAUUUAAACCCGGUUUAUGUUGUAGGUAUCAACAACACGGUACAUUCACUAGGUUGUAGACUACCGUAAGCGGUUAAUGGCAUAGAUAUUAAAGUUAUGGUCCAUAGUGAUAACCACUGUGGUAUAUUAUUAACAUUGAUAACCUUAUCAAUUUGAUAUGUUUAUUGCUUAGAAUCAUUUUUCAUUGUAACAAUUGAAUCCAAUACACAUACUUAUCAUUUUAUCACCUCAUCAAAACUCAAAACCUUUUUGUUAAGUAGAAGCAUAUUAUUCGAAUAAAUAUUAAAAAAUAUAGUAAAAUUAUUUUGUAGCAAUACUCAAGUAUUCGAAUGAUUCGGAUGAAUAAAUUAUUCGAAUAAAAUCGGUAUUUUCUUGCGCGUUCUGAAAAUGAGUGACAAUAAUUUCAAAUUAACAGUAUACUAUUCGAUUUUGCUUCAGACCUGGACACAAUGCGACAACGUUUUGAAGAAACUUCAGCAGGCGUAUGAAAACAGUGUUUUUUUUUUUUUUUUUUUUAAGGACUCGAGUUUUUAGAGGGUUUAAAGACGUUUUCAGAAUUCUAGAUUUUGUCGAUGUUCUCAUCGAUUCUUGCAAUUCCGCUAUUAUCUUUAUUUUCAAUGGACCUAUCUAUACGUUCUACAAAUGUCUUAAACCCUCCUAAAAAUCCUAGGACGUUGAAAAAACACAAUCUCCCAACGCCCGCUAAAGUGUUUGAAAAAUGUCUGUUGUACUGUGUCCAAAUCUAAAGCAAAAUCGAGAUAGCCACAUCGUUGGUACGCACAAAAUAAAAAAAAAAAAAAAAAACCAGUUUACGAAAACAAUUGUUACGGACUAACAUAUGACUUUUAAGAAAUUUAAAUUCAUACUGAAGGCGCAUUAAAUGUUGGCCUGCUACCCUACCAAAUGGAUAGUCACUAAUGUUUUCAGAUAUGCAAUGCCGUGCAACCAGCGUCAUUACUUUAUUUACUCACCUCGUAUAGCGGUAAUAUUAUCAUUUUUUUUUUAGAGCUACUUGUUUCUUAAGUUGUCCAUAAACAAUUGUUCGAAAAAUAUUAAUAAUGUCUGUGAUAAUAACAACGAGUGCAUUACGUUACGUUGAUCACUCUGUAUGGGCGGUAUGUGUUUCCGAUAAUACUGUCGCCAUUAUUACGUAGCGAUAACCGGACGAAUUAUUGAUUUUAUCGCUUGAACGCUCUUAUUGAUGUAUGCAUUGAGAAAUCCCGUCUUCAGAUAGCCACACUUCACGUAAAUAAUAUGCUCACUUUAAUGCAAUAUAACGGUGUUAAAUUAAUCAACAUAUACGAAUUUGAACAGUUGCAAAAUAAUGCUUAACGUUGUGCUAUAUUGUCAUCGUAUAAAAACGUACCGUUCGAUGUUACACGCGAUUAGUUCAAGAGCCUCGUCAUACGGUUUUAUUAUUCGUUUUUGAUAAUUGCCUAAAUUAUAAAUUCGAUAUUUUUUAAACACUAUUAUUAUAUAAUCAACAUAUUCUGUAUUAACGUAUAAUAUCCAUUAUAGAAAGUGCCUACUUAAAGUAAACCGAAAGAUAUACGCGCAUGGUUAGGUUUUUUUUUUUUUUUUUUUUUUUUAAUUAACGAUUCAUCUUUUAAACAUUAAACUUAAUCGGUAUUAAAUUCAUUAACGAAUGCCAUUUUUUUUUGUUUCAGAUCGCGAGCAAUUUGACUUCCACCGAUACCGAUUAAAAAUUCGAUAACAUUAUGGCCGUAUUGUUUUUUUUAUAAUAACGAUUGCCGUUACGAUUCACGAUCGAUCGUUACGGAAUCGCGUGCCAAAUGAAAAUGACGGGCGACACCCUGUUGAAAUUAACAUGUUUUAUCGGAUGUAUAUUGACGUGUCUAUCGUCCCGCGCACCGAGGGCGCGUGUCGACUCCGGCGAAAUUGCAGGCGGUCGUCAAUAUACGUAUAAUAACGGCCGACAGUUUUACUCGUACCUGGGCAUACCGUAUGCGAGUCCUCCGGUCGGCAAUUACCGAUUCAAGGUAUACAGAGAACUGUCAUAUAUACCCGUAUUUUAGAAUAAACAAUUUAAAUACUCGGGUCACUCUUUUCGAAGGAACCGCAACCCUUGAGACCUUGGUUGGGCGUAUGGAAUGCGACCGUUCCCAGCAGCGCCUGCUUAGGGACCGAUUACCAAUCCGUCGAUUACGGUAUUAUCGGCCAGGAAGACUGUCUGUAUCUCAACGUGUAUACGCCAAAGGUAAACCGCACUGAUACCCACCACUUAUAUUUUAUUAACGCGAUUUGUUCGUUGGUGUAUACGUUGAAGUAACUUAUUAGAUACCGUCCUGAUAUGAAUCGGACAAAAAGCCGCGGUGUGACGAUUUCGCGCGACACCCCCCGUGUAUAGAUGGCAGCAUACAUACACGUACAAUUUACAUUCUUACGAUGAUACAAGCGUACCACGUUUACGAUAACCAAACUAUAAAAUGUGUUUUAAAGCUAUUGUAUGUAUACAGUUAUGUACUAAUAAUUGUAGAUUACAAUAAUUUUCGAAACAAUCGCGAUUUUAAAAUUUAUUAUGACAAAUUGUGAGAGGAUCAAUAAAUUUACAAAUUUGAGAUCAUAUUUGUUCUUUAUAUAGAUACUGAUAAAAAUUAUUUAAAAAUUCCGACGCAAUCGUCACCUUAACGUUGUUUUUGUCUUUGUAUCAAUUUCACGGCAGGCGGUUUUAAAUUUGUUUUUGUCCAUCCGCAAAAAGAUAACUUUUCGGUGCCAUUCGGGCUCUGGAUAAAUCUAGAUUUUUUUUAAAUUUUUUUAAGUUAGAAAACCAAUAUACAGGUUAUAAAUUAUAAAUUUAAAUUAACGACCUUUUAUAAACAGAAGGAUGUGGUGAAGACAGAGAGUCACAGUUAAAUAUUUAAAAGAAACAAAACAAAUUGGCUCUGGUUUAUGUUGUUAUUAUUUUGUUUUACAAAAUGUGAAGUGAAAAAAACCCAUUGAAUUUUACCCAAUACUAAAUGAAUCGUUUUAAAGAUUUAAUAAACUGCUGAACAACAAUUGUAUAACGAUUAGGAAAUCUCCUAUCCGAUAUUAAGUCUGUAAAGCCCGUCGAAAAAAUUAUAACGCGCAAAAACAGGUCGGACAAACUAAUCUCCUUUCUCGCAAAAUUUGGUUCUAGCCGACUAACAGUGUUGGUCACGUACCUGGACGUAGUUCCAAACGAUUUUUCCGAGGAGAACGCUUAAAAUGAAUUUCGGCGCCGGGCGCCGAUUUUACGCGCUCGGCACCGUGUCUUCGCGUAACUUGUAAAAACCGCACUUUAAACACCAAACAAGAUAACGUCGAUCGCCGAUAUUAUGUUGUCCGACAACGGGACUAGUUUUCCAAACGGGGCCGGCACGUAAAAAUCACACGUUAUUAUUGAUUCGAUACAGUCGCCCCGAGAGGACAGGCCGGGCAGUUUAAUGGACGUGGUGGUGCACAUACACGGCGGGGCGUUUAUGGGCGGCCAAGGCGUUAAUUACAGUCCGGAAUACCUGUUGGACGACAACGAUUUUGUGUUCGUGACGAUAAACUACCGCCUGGGCGUGCUGGGGUUCGCCACUACCGGCGACGGCGUAUUGCCGGCCAAUAACGGCAUGAGAGACCAAGUGGCGGCGUUGCAGUGGAUCCGACGGAACAUCGCCGCGUUCGGAGGCGAUCCCGACAGAGUCACGAUUACUGGCUUGUCGGCCGGCGCGUCCUCCGUCCAUUAUCACAUGAUCUCGCCCAUGUCGCGCGGUAAGCAUAUCGCGGGGCGAUCAAUCUGUCGUAAGACGUCCAUUGUCCCGGAGAGUAUUUAUGUUUGUUCGGAAUUCGUUUUGCGGAAAAUCUAAUAAACGCACUGCUCCGCAGUUUUAUUUUUAUGUUAUUUUUCGUCGCCCUUAUUUUCGGAGGCAAAACUACCAUAUACUUAUGAUUUUCAAACGGCAACCUGUUUUUUGAAAAUUCCAUAAACAGACGGGAUAUUAGUUGAAAUACAUUUUGGUGGUGACAUUUUUGAUUUCCGUCAAUCCGUUGACACGGCAUUCCGCUUUCAGUUUGGGUCAGGGGAGAGCAGUGGAGCAUCAUUUGUGAGCGAUGAGACGCGCGGUGUUUUAAUAAACUACUUGUUUCUUAAAUGUUCUACGAACCAAAUUUCGAAAAAAGUUAAUACUUUCCGAGAUAAUGUGUCUUACGACGGAUCGAUCGCCAUGCAUGUCGGAAUCGUCUGGUCACAUUUUGUAAUAUGGAUCAAGUUCAAAGUGAAAUCGGUGUUGAAUAGAAAUAUUUACUUUAUAAUAUUACUCGUACGCGUAAUUUGCAAUUCCCGGGACAUUUUUUAAUUUGACCCAUAUUUAGGUUUAUUUAAUAGGGCGAUCCUUCAGAGUGGGAGUGCUUACUGCCAUUGGUCGUAUGCCGAAAAUGUUACUCAAAAGACUAGCCGUGUUGCCGAAAUAUUGGGAUGCCCAACAAGUAGUUCAGAGAAAAUAGUCGAAUGCCUUCGUUCUAGACCGGCGAGAAAAAUAGCCGAAUCUGCCAUCGAAUUUAUGGUAAUUGUUAAUUUUAAUCAUACUUUUUUUACAUUAAAUUUUAUUGAUUUUUUUUUUUUUUUUUGUAUAAGCGAUGGUUAAACAAUCCUUUUUCGCCGUUUGGACCAACCGUCGAACCAGUUGGAGUGGAACCGCGGUUCUUGCCGGAUAUCCCGGAAAAACUAAUCGCUUAUGACGUUCCAGUGCUGAUGAGCGUAACGCAAGACGAAGGUUAUUGUUUAACCGCAGAUAUUAUUUCCAAGAACGCUAUGGAUGAUUUGAAUACUAAUUGGAAUGAAUAUUUACCACACUUACUCGAUUAUAAUUACACAAUAUCGAACGAAUUUCUGAAAUCUGAAAUUGCAAAAGAUAUAAAGAAGUUUUAUUUUGGUGAUAAACCGUUAUCAAUAGUAACCAUUACCAAAGUAAGUUUUAAUGUAUAUUUCAAGGAGAUUCAGAUAUCAAGAGCCUCUGUAUACAAAUCUGAAACAAGUUAAUAGGUUUAAUCUAAAUGAUUUAUUUUCUCUUCAUAUUAAUUUACAAAAUAUCUUGAAUUAAAAUCAAAUUUGUAAUUAGAGUUGACGGUUUCACAGAUGGUGUCGGAUAGAAUGUUUGGAUAUUCUGUGAGUAAAGCAGCUCAAAAUAUUGCGUCAACAAAUACAGCGCCCGUGUAUUUUCAUCAAUUUGGGUAUGGUGGUAAAUAUUCCUACUUCGUAGACCCAACAUACCAUUCUCGAGGAUCGUGUAAUUAUCAAAAAAAAAAAAACUAUUUUUUAUUAUUGUGUGUAAAAUAUUGUUAAUAUCGUUUAACCACUUAGAUGUAUCUCACGGUGACGAAACCAUGUAUGUAUUAAAAAUUAACGGCAUAACUCCCCAUGACAAUGAAGAAGAUACAAAGAUGAUUAAAACGAUGGUUAAUAUUUGGGCAUCCUUUAUUAAAACCGGGUAACUAUACAAUCUUAAAUUAAUUCAAAACUACUCUUUCAUGUAAGGGGCCCAUUAUUUGUAUUGAAUUUGUACGAUUCAUAAAAUGUAUAACGUAUAUUUUAUAUUAAUCAUGUCAUUAUUUCAGAGUGCCAGAUAUAGGAAACUCGACAACUUGGUUACCCGUAUCGAAGAACUCGGCAGAUCCAUUUAAAUAUAUUGAGAUCACUCAAGACCAAACUUUCGAAUUCAAAGAAGAGUCAAAUUAUGGAAAUUAUGAAUUUUGGAGCAGUUUACCAUUAACCGAAUUUAAUGAAAUUAGAAUAUCAAAUGACAUAAAUCACACUGAGCUAUAAAGUGUAGAUAUGAACUAGCACAACGAUUUUUGAAUAGUAAUGAAUCGUUUUCAAUAACAUUUAAAUAAAUUAUUAAGUACAUUUAAUAUUAGAUACGAGUGUACAAAUAUGGACGGAUAUUAUAAUGUAAAAUCAUAUAUAUUUUUCUUAAAUGUUUAUAUUGAAUAUUUUAUUGUUAUAAUGUUUUAUUUAAAAGCGUAUUAUUAUUUUAAAGUUUAAAGUACCAUCCAAAAAAUGAUAAUGUUAUUACUUACCUAAUUACUCUUUUAAAAUAUAUUAAUGCAUACAUUGGUGAAAUGUGAAAUUAAGCCAAAUACUUUAAGUGUAUAACAUAUAACAUAUAUGAGAAUAUAACCAUUCUAUUAUAUUAUGAGUUUUUUCAAUUAUAUUUUGAAAAAAGACGGACAUACUGCGCAUGCGUGUGGGCCAUUAUUAUAGGUGAGAAGUUGAGAAGGUAGUGGGGAAAAUAAUGUAUAUCUGUAUGCAACGAUUAACCAUUGCUAACAAAAAACGAUUUUUAGCGGAAUUCGGUUGAUAGUGUUGCUUUUUCAACAAUAUAUGCGUCAUAUUAUAGUAAAAUAAUUACAUACUCGUAUUAAGCAUUAAAUAUUUUCUUUAAUAAUAUUUGUUUUAAUAUUGUACCUAUUUUCCCGUUUUUCCUAGUGUUCCCAUUUAUUGGGAAAACUCUUGGGAAAAUCAAAAAAUGACCCCCUUAAAGUACCACUCUAGUCAGAUUUCCUUUCAGAAAAAGUGCUAACAUUGUAAAUCUGAGCAAAAUUGCAUAUCCGUUAAAUUAGCACCGGCACAUUAUGCUAGGACUAUACAAAUAGCAUCAAUAAUUUGCUUGGAAUUUUCGUAUCAAAUUUUGACGAAAAUCGUUUAGGUAAAAAAUAAUGACAAACAAAUCCAGUGUCUGGUCCAUACAAAUUGUUUAAAUAAAUAAUUAUUUUAUUAUUAUAUGACAGAUAUAUUUUUAAAAAAAGCAAUACUCCUCUCAGAGUCGUUAAACUCUCGUUUUCUAACAGAAUUUUUGCUCUGACGUACAAAGUGUAGCAUUAAAUGUAAAAAAUUGAACAUAUAAUACAUCGUAACCACUAUUAAACAAAUUUCGUUUUGAUCAAUAUAAUAAAG